AUGGGCGACUUCUUGUUUUAUUUGGAGGAAAUAAAACACAAAUUUUACUGUAUGAGCAGAACGGAACAAGAGUUUGCAAUCAGUGAGAUUGAAUGAAAUGUCUUUGAAACAUGAAAAACGAAUCUUGAGGAAGCGUAGAAGAAGUUUUGGCGGAAAUGCGAGGAAGUCGGGCCGAAGUGGCCGUUGAGCAAAUUUCCAACCAAUGCCUUGUCGACGACGCCCAAAGAAUGAUUCUGGUUCGGUUUCAAGAUGAAUUUUCGAGCAGUCACUAGAGGGCUGAGGUUGACUCCCAAGGAAGUCACUCUUUACUAGAAAAGUUUUUAGAAGCACUCAGAAAAAAGAUUUUAUAGGAACGAUUCUCGCAAGAGUGGGACGAGGCGUCGCCUUCUAGUUUUUUGACGUUGGAAAAUAAUCGAGGUGAGCUAUGAUCACUCUUGAACUUUCGUUUUCCGCCAAAGUUUGAGCUUGAGAAAAAGCCAAAAGUAUAGGAAUUUUGUUUUCCGACACCUCUUAAUUCCGAACCUUUGGAACUCAUUUUCCCUCUAAAAUUUGCUUCCAGUGAUACCUCAGAACUAUCAAUUUUCCAAAAAUAUUUUCUUUUUUGAAAAUUGAAUAUCAUGAUCACUUAACUAUGUUGUUUAUUCACAUUACUAGGGAAAAUUUUUGUGGAAGAUUUGAAGUAUAACUAAACUUCUGAAGAUAUUUUCCAGGGAUGUGGAAGAUUUGAAGUAUAACUAAACUUCUGAAUAUAUUUUCCAGGGAUGUGGAAGAUUUGAAGUAUAACUAAACUUCUGAAUAUAUUUUCCAGGGAACUUCUGAAUAUAUUUUUCAGGUGAUGCCGACGCAAGCGUUAGUUUUCCAGACUUUGUCCAAAUAGAACGCGAAGUUAGUCUCUGAAUUCCUUGUUAAUCAACUUAACAUGCGUAGAUCUACGAAGGCUGGGAAGAGCCAGUUGUUUGCAAAGUCCGGCGGGAUUUUGAGCCAGAAGAUGGCGACAAAAAUUUAUUGUGCUCAACUUGUGGCUUCUCGGCCGCGAAUCGUAAGGCGCUUUACAGGUUCCUUCGUUUUUAUAAUUUCAGAUAUCUCAUGAACAACUAUUCUUUAAAUAGAAUUUGAAAAAUUUUUUUCAAACCAUCGAGAUUCAAAAAUUAGAUCAAAUUACAUCAAACUCUUUUCACUAUGCCUCUUCAAAUUAGGUCCCAAUGCUCUGUCGGAGCAUUUAUGGGAGGGAGGAAACGUUUGAUAAAUGAGUUAUGACUGAAAGAAAAACUCGCAGCUCUGAAAUAUUUAAUCAAAAGAAGCCCGCCUCAAAUCGGCUAGGGAUACACCGUAGCCUAAUUUGAGACCAUUGCAGACAUGGACUACGAGCGGGGCACAGAACCAAGGAAAAAUCGACGGAGUUGAAACCGAUGCACUGCGAAAAAUGUCCUUUUUUCACGACGAGAAAGUUCAAUCUCUACCGCCAUCUGAAGCGGCAACACAGCAUUGACGCGACCUCAUUGUAG